GGAAAAUUAUCUAAGACCUGCAAGGCUUGGUGGUUGGUCUAGAGAUAUUGGUGUAAAAAAUCGUGCGCUGGGUUUAUAGGGUAAGAUGGAAAAGGAGACAGGACUGCAUGCUGUGAUGGGAACAGUAUAAAUAAUCCCUGGCUACUGGUGUCUGAUCCAAGAUCCAAGCUCUGCUCUGAAGACAAGUGAAUGUUUUCCCCCUGUGACUCGAGAAGUAAGUACACCUUCCAAGAGAAUCCUGCAAGGGUAUGUGGAACGUUCAAUUUUACCUCCAUCUAACAGAGACUGGGGCAUGUAAUAAUCAUCUUAUUAAACCUAGGAUCCCUUUAUUAUCAACUAACAGGAUUCCAAUCCUAUGGCUGAAGUUGAUGGGAGAUUCAGGAAGACUUGUAUUAUGUGUUUACUAAAGUCAUGUGAAUGCACACUUAUUGAACAUGUGAUAAUAUCUUACAGUUUGAACCGGUUCAGGUUCGAUUGGUCCAAUACACAGCCCACAGGUGAAACACUGCACUAAUAUAGUCUUUAGCUUACUGAUACAUUUAAUAAUAAUUAUCGUGUCACCAAUUUCAGUGUAGUUAUUUAUAACCAAAUUCUAGUCUCUAAUUUGAAAAAAUAAAAUAAAAAAAUUCUUAGAACAACUCAUUUAGGGAAACAUGGAAUGAAUGAUUUGCAGGUUGAAAAAAGUCCCUUCCCCAUGUCAGUUAGCUUUAUGGGUGUAUAUAAGGUGUAUUUAUGGGCUGUAUGAAUACAUACGUUUGUAUUACACACAUUAAGUAUUUGGUUCCAGAAAACAUAAAUUAUACGUAUUUUUAUAUUUUUAAUUUAUAAUAAUAACAAUAAUAAUAAUAAUAAUAAUUAUAGCGUAUGUCCAAACAAAAUGUAGGUUUGUUUAGUUUAAGAUAGCUUACGUCUACAUUUAAGCCUUGUCAUAUGGGGUUUAUUAUUGAAUAAUGCAUUGAGAUGAGUUGGAUUAUUUAAACUUUAAAUACUAGUGUUUUAAAACAUAUAUAUAAAUUUCACACCCACGCUGGAUGCAUUAUUCCAUCAUUACAAUGUUGUUCCUAAUUUUACAAAUCGGUUCUUAACGCUCUAUUUAUUAAACAGACCGCAAGAUUUCUCUGCAGAUUGCUACCAGACAGUAAUUUAUGUCCCUUAUUUAAUAUGUUCAAUUUUCUCCUACGCCGGUCUCAACAUAUCUCUGUCUCUAUACAUUUAUGCUUUUCUGUAAAAUAAUAGGCUAUUAUUCUCAUUAAUAGUGAUAUGUGUAAUUAAUUUUAUUUAUAUCAAAUUAACAUACACACAUUUACAUGCAUUACCUUAUUUAAUAAUACAUCACUUAUUGAAUGAUCAUUUCAAAUACCCAUAAAAUGAUUUAAUUCAGUCCAACCAAUCUUCUAUUAAGUUGCCACGGUUUAUGUGCUGUAUUGAUCAAAUAGUAAUUUGUGAUGAUUUGAGAACCGAGUUGUAAAAUUUAGGCCACUACAGCCGAGUUGGGAAAACAUAUCCAAGUCUAGACCAUCUGAAUUUUCCUCCCAAAUUCGAUAAUAAAAAAACAAACAUAAAAAUAUGUUUCAUGAUAUAAUGUAUUUAAAUAGAAGCCCCAUUCAACCAGAGCGAAAUGUUGACUCCAUAAAAAUCUUAAUUAAUAAAGUGAUAGCAGAAUAUAUAUACUCAGGUAUCAAUAUAGUAUGCAAUUUUUAUUUAUUAAUUUUUUUUCUAUAUUUUUUUUAUUGGGCCAUUCAUCGCUAGAGACAUGAAGUGGUCCAGUUCUGGGUGUCUGCAGCCUGUCCCAUUUAUGGUACUGAGUGUAUGCUUGGCAAAGAGAUGGGGGCUGGGGAAACUCCCUGGGAACCUGACACUAAAGGGUUAAGCAGCAAGCUCUGACUGUCUGCAGCUCUGCACAACUAUCUGACCUUGCCAUUUGCCCUGGGAGUUUUUUUGGGAGAUGUGUCUCCAGUUUGAUACAUACCAUGGAGAACUGGACCUAUAUAGUCAGACACAAACCAUGUAAGAUUUCACUAGCAUGCCCCUACAUUGUCACCAGCUAAGUGCAUGUUGUGUCUGUACAUGAUACACAGUCACUUAUAACUAUAUUGAUAAUAAGUAUCAGGAUGUUAAGGCAUUCAGGGCAAAGAUCAGUAGAACAUAUAAUGCUAUGGUUGAUGUCUGAUACACUGGGUGCAAAAACUGUGGAGUUGAUUGGGAAAAAGUGAAGAUUGUAACAAAUAAGUCACCUGAUCUGCUGAUAUGAGGAUUAAGGGAUGGUUAAACAUUAUAUAUACUAUGUAUGUGCAGGAAAUUUAGUCAUUGCUUAGAAUCUCAUUACUGCAGAAUAAUAAACAAAUCGUGACUUUUUUCCAGCAAUGCAUGCUAAUAGGGAGCAGGCACAGUGCUGUCCACUGGAGGUGGGACUGGCCUACUUACACUGGGAGCUUUUAAUGACAAUAUUUACACCAAGAAAACAUCUCUAAUAUACCAGAAUUAGGUAUUUUUCCACCUCAGGUAUUUAGGGUAUUUUAGUGAACAAAUACAGUUUGAGUGAGCUGACCACAAUUUGGGACAAUGUAUAAUAAAUAGCAUACACAAUUAUUAUUAUUAUUAUUAUUAUUAUUAUAUUACAAUGUAAAAUGCAUUGUUUAGAGACUUAAUUAGAAAGAGAGAGGGGGGAGAGCGAGAGAGAGAAGGAGAGGGAUAGAGCAGAGACAGAUAGUGGGAACAGACCUAUUUACUAAAGUCAGAAUUCAAAGGGAAUUUCAAUGUUAAGUCCAGAGUAGCUGACCUAAAGGAAUCACAGAAUUUUUCCAGUUGAACUACUUUGAAAUUUCCUUUGAAUGAUCACCUUAGCACACAUCUCUGAUAGUAUACCUUAUAUAUUGGGUGUCAGGCUAAGCUCACACCCUGACAUAUCCCUACAGUGAUCCUGAUAUGUAUUAAAUAGGAGGGGCUUAAAGGGUUAAACAGAGCUCUCCUUCCCUAAGUGCACUAUUUGAGGUAAUAGGGCUGGAAAGGGAGCCCAGGGUUUGUUUCGUUGAAGCUUUAUAAAGUUGUAUCGUCUGAUCUGACUCGGGUUUCCUGCCCUGGGUGUUCAUUUUAGAAUAAAAGCAACAGGAAAAAAUAACAAAGUCACAAAGGUGGGUGUUGACGUUUCCAAACAGGGAUAAAUGACAUGCCCUUUAACCCCUCCUGGGCCACAGAGCUGGGCGGCUGAUGGGAAUGGCCUGGGAAUAAAUCUCGAAUUGAAUAACAAGCCCUGUUAUAUGAAUGGGCAGAGGCACGCAUGCUUUUAGGGGCUUAUUUACUAAACAACGACUUGUCAUGCAUUGACUACCAAUUUCUGAGACACAAUGCAGCCAAGUUCGAAAAGGUCUCUCUGGAUUUUAGUGAAAUGGAAACCGAAUUAAAGAACCGAACUAAACAUGUAAAAGCAGCAACUGAUUUGAGGUAAAAAGUACUUACGGUUUUCCAACUUGCCAUUUUGUUGGCCUGUAUUUUGCAAUAAAACUUUCAAAAGUUGGUGUUUAAAAUAAAGUUUGUGUUAACUUCUUAACUACUGAAAACUCUUGCAGGUCCUUGUACUGCGUGUGGAUAGAUAGACACAGACAGACAGAUAUGUAAUGUUAAAAAUAACACACACAAGCAAAAAUGCAUAUGUGAACCUAUCUCUGUCUCAGGUAUAUGCAAAGCAAAGAUAAACGUUUAACAGACUGGUAUACAAAGGCUUGAAAUAGAACCAGUUCCUACAGAACGCAUUGACUUUAUAAAACGCUAGAUUUAUUUGCGUUUUAACUCAUUCACCUUACUUUUUCUGCCGAUAAAUGAAUCAUCUAUAUAAACCAGUCUACAGGCUGCAAUGAAGGGCCAAUAAAUCCAAUGAGUAAACAUCCUUCAUUAGAUCUGUCUGUCUGUCUGAGACAGAUAGAUAGAUAGAUAGAUAGAUCAGCGCUGCGGAAUCUGUUGGCGCUUUAUAAAUACCAGUAAUAAAUAAAAUAAAAUUGAUAGAAUCGCACUGCUCUUUUUAAUCCUCUGACGACACGGAAAAGUAAUUAACCCUAUCCAAACUAUGCUAAUUGGAUAAUAUUUGAGAAGCUAUGCCAUGCUUGGUGCCCUUACAGUCACAUAGAGCCCAGGCUUGAUAGCCACACUCCAUGUAAGGUAAUGUUAACCCAGUCGAUGCUGUCAAUCACAAGCAAGCAUUUUCAUUCGACAGGUUAAUUGCCGUACGGUAUAUGGAGCAGGUAUCAGUCAGGGAGCACAGGGUGUGAGAGUCCUCAAUAAUGGACCAUUUCAUCAGGUAAUGUGAGGAGUAUGGGAUCUCAGCCUCUAAUCCUCUCUUAAUAAAAUGCUGGACUAUUCUAGAUCAAAUCCCAUUCAAUGUCCCCAAGUAAUAUUAGACAUUUCAUAUAUUGUUCCAGUGAAUGCUCAGCGAUAGAUAGAGAGAGAGAGAGAGAUUAGAUUAGAUAGAUAGAUAGAUAGAUAGAUAGAUAGAUUAGAUAGAGAGAUAAGUGGAUAGCUAUAUUAGAUUAGAUUAGAUAGAUAGAUUAGAUAGAUUGAUAUAUUAGAUUAGAUUAGAUAGAUAGAUAGAUAGAUAGAUAGAUAGAUAGAUAGAUAGAUAGAAAAUAUAGACAGUUAGAUAUAUGCUGACUGUGUAAAUGUUUCUGAGUGUGUGUAUAUGUAUGUACAUGUGAAUAUAUGUGUUUGUAUGUAUGUAUAUGUAUAUAUGUGUGCAUGUAUGUGUGCGGAUGUGUUUAUGCAAGUAUGUGUAUGUUAUCUAUGUGUGUAUAUAUGUGUUUGGAGGUGUGAAUGUGUGUGUAUAUAUAUAUAUGUAUAUUUGCCUGUAGAGGUGCAAAUGUAUGUAUGUCUGUGUGUAUAGGUAUUUAUCUAUGUAUAUAUAUAUGUAUGUCUGUGUGUAUAGGUAUUUAUGUAUGUAUAUAUAUAUAUAUAUAUAUGUAUGUGGAGGUGUUUAUGUAUGUCUGUCUGUCUGUCUGUGUGUAUAGGUGUUUAUGUAUAUAUAUAUAUAUAUAUGUAUAUAUAUAUAUAUAUGUAUAUAUAUAUAUAUAUAUAUAUAUAUAUAUGUAUGUCUGUGUGUGGAGGUAUUUAUGUAUGUAUAUAUAUAUAUGUAUGUGGAGGUGUUUAUGUAUGUGUAUAUGUAUGUCUGUCUAUGUGUAUAGGUGUUUAUGUGUGUAUAUAUAUGUAUGUGGAGGUGUUUAUGUAUGUGUAUAUGUAUGUCUGUCUGUGUGUAUAGGUGUUUAUGUGUGUAUAUAUAUAUAUAUAUAUAUAUAUAUGUAUGUCUGUGUGUAUAGGUGUUUAUGUGUAUAUAUAUAUAUAUAUAUAUAUAUAUAUAUGUAUGUCUGUGUGUAGAGGUGUUUAUGUAUGUGUAUAUAUAUGUAUGUCUGUGUGUAGAGGUGUCGUGCCGAGCUCCGGACAUCCUCUGAGUGACGUUCGGUGUAUUUUCCAGUUCGCACUCGCUGUGAUUGACAGGGGUCUAUUUAAAUCUCCCAUACAGCAGAACGUGCAGUCACAUCAGGCUGCUCCAGGAGGCGGGAGCUCCAGCUCUGACACUGGCCCAGAGACAGAGAGUGACAUCAGCCGGCUAGUGGCUGCAGGAGGGAGCCUGGGGACACUGGGAUCAGGAAAGAGAGGGACUCACUCAGGGAGCUGAGCUGGUGCUGGCUGUCUGCUUUCAGAGUCAAGGACAGGGGGACAGGGACCUCACUGGCUGCAGGACUGUUAACUCUUUGAGUCCAAGACUAGAUACCCCCAGUCAGAUUGUGUGUCCUUGGCUGGUAGUGUGUGUCCCCUGGAUGGGGUGGAAGAGGGGGAACCGGUAAGAGGUGCUGCUAUUUUGGCUCCUUUAUGGAAGAGUGCAGCCCUCUGUCCCCCAAAGCCAAUGCUUUCAGUAUCGCCUCUCUGAUUUCAGCCCCAGAAGCAGUGGACACAGAGGGACCCAGCGCUGCCCUGGACAAGUUCUGCAGGCUCGACUCUCACCCCAUGAGAAUGCACUUCAGUGCAGUCACCAGGGACAUGGAGGGUAAGUGUCCCUGUCACUAAUUACAGUUUCCAACACCUUUAUCACGUGGCUCAAAAAGUUUAUUAAAUAACUUAUAAAGUGACAUGAGUGCCUGUGUAACUCUCCAAGCAGUAUUAUUACCAUGUGAGGCACCAGCUCAUCCCCUCUGUGGUUUCCUUGCAAAUCCCAGGCCCAAGAGUCCUUAGAAUAAGCCCAGCUGUCCAUGGUUACACCCCUUAAAGAGCCAUUGUCCUCAUGGCACCUUCCCCUGGAUCCCAACCAAAAUAUUCAAUGAAGUCUCAUCAGCUCCUAUUGGUGUAAAGCAUGGAGAAAUAUGGGAGCACAUUGCAAUCACACUACUGCCCCCAGAGAAGAGAUGUAGAGGACAGCUAUCAGGGAUACCUAUGGGUCUAAGCCAUGGAGAGGUAUAGGUCAAACAGCAUCCCCCUAUUGGUGUAAGUCAUGGAGAUACAAAGGGCAGAUAGAAGUGCUACCACCCACCCCCUCAUUAUUGGGGUAAUCCAUGUAGAUGUAAAGUGCUAAGGCACCCCCCCCCCCUCCCACCCAGAGCCAGCAGUCGCCCCUUAAUAUAAACCAUGGACAAGUGAUAUAUAGUACAGUAUGCAGACCCUCAUUGCACAUUAUAGAUCAUAUAUAUCAUAUUAUGCCAUACAUACUAGUUAUUACCCGACCAAUUAACCUGAAAGUCUAAAUAAAUGUGGAAAUGUAAAAUAAAGUAGCAAGGAGUGAAAAUAAUAUGUCUGAAAAAAUGAAUAUUAGCUGUUAGACCAUAAAAUUAAAGAAAUGUUAUUGCUAGGGGUUGUUUUCGCUAAUAGUGAAAAAAUAACAGUUUUUAUAUCACGCUUUUAGAAUCCAGUACUGAUACAAUAGCGAAUACGUAUUAACAAAUGUCACAAGCAUUGCAAUGGGGGUUUUUUUUGUUUUGUUUUUUUACAAAUAUGUCAUAACACGGAUACAUAAAAUGUGUGCAAUAUUAAAGCGAAGGAUUUUGUUUUCGGCGUACAUACACUAUGUUUAGUCUGAAUAAAGAGUACGCGAUUUACUGUGUUGAAUAUGUUGUAAAACAUGUAUUAACUCUUUAUGUGAUAGAAUAUUUUAGCUCGUCCAUUCUGGUAUUCGGAGUGCUCGGGGUAAAAAGUAAAUAGUUCUAUUUAUAAAAACAAACUGCAAUGGUGUUCUAUUUAGAAUGCACUGGGGGAAAGGUAUUUAGAAAUAAAUUUAUGAAAAAAUGCACCAACGUUCUAUUUAGAAUGCACUGCAAAUUAUAAUUUUAUUUUAACAGAGAAUAUGGCCGAAACACGUUCAUCCAUUUAUUUUGAAAUUGUAUAUUAAAUGAAUAGUAAAUAUUUGUUAAUGUUUAAAAUAAUGGUAAAUUAAAAAAAAAACACAAUCGCAAUUUUAAACAGUUAUAAAAUAAUUCAGAAUGUAAUUAUUUUAUAACAAAGAACGUAUCUUACACAGAGUAAAUAUUUUGAAAGAUGAGUUUUAUUGAAAUCUAUUGAAUGACAGUGGUAAGUGUUGUUUUUAGAUAUGCUGUAUAGAUAUAGUACAGAGCAAAGAAACAUACACCUGAACACGAACCAUUCCACAACAUACUCAAUAAAUACAAGCAGACCCAGAUAGGAGCUCUUUUUUUUUUGGAAGUUAAAGAAUUACUGAGCACUUUUUUUUACCUCUGGUUUUCUAAACCUACCUAUAGACCAUUCCUGUAGCCUUUUCAAUUCCAAUCAGUUUACCCCAGUCAUUAUCAGCAACAGGUCACCUUAGUAAAAUAUACAUCUUCCAGAGCUUGGCAGGGGGCAGCAAGGCAUACAGUGGCACCUCUCAUGGUAUAAGCUCUGCCUGACAAUGAGUGGCAUGUACUGGGUAGAAGACAAGGGGUGUGCCACCCCAUUGGUGCCUGAUGUUUGCAUUUUAGCUAAAUAAAAAAAAAAUACUCUGUUUGUUUUGUUGUGGAUUGAGAUCCCCACCAGUGUGUGUGUGUCUAUUGUUUAAACAAUAGGAAGGGGAGGGCAGAGGCACAGAGAGAGGAGGGGGAAUGCUUAGGUUCACGCCUUAUAUAACUGCAGAGAAAAGUGGGUGUCAUGAGGAGGAAACUCUGUUAAGAAGAGGCACUUCUGUGUCAAUCAUCCCAUUAGGGUCCCACAGGCGAGGAAAAGGCACCAUACCUGCAGGUCCCACACUUUGCUUAUCUAAAUAGAAACAGGAACCGGUUUUUUUGGCAGGAGGGUGGCCCUGCCUGUCUGUGCAAGAAAGGAGAUAAGACUCACACACACUGCACUCUAGCUUUGGGCUUUUCCUCACAACAAGGCUGCAGGAUCUGUGUCUGGGACGGCACACUCUGGGCCAUAAAACCCUGAUUUGAGCACAGAGAGGAAAGGAACAUUUCUGCCAAGGAGCGGUGCAUGCUGCUGCAGAGGAAUGCUGCCCCCAUCCCAGCUCCCAGCUCAGGCCAGUGAAUCAGGAGAGCAGGCGGCGACCUCCCGUCUGUAACUCACAGAAAGCUCAGCCAAGGGACAGCUCAAAGCAGGGGGGCUUCUCCUGGUACCCCCACAUCCAGAGUUGCUAUAGAGUGAAAGGGUGGGCUCCGAGGAGCUGCUCAAAGUGUUGGAUAUCACAGAGGAAGAUUGCAUUAAAUCCAAUUCUGUUUUCUCCUUUGUUUUUGUUCUUUUAUUUUUUUUUAUUUUUUGGAAUGAUUUCAGCCAUUUCCAGCCCUUGGCUCACCCAGCUGUCCCAUUUUUGCGAUGUUGCAGCUUUCACGGCCAACAGUUUAAGUAGCCUGAAUGCCUCGGGGGGCUACCACCUCUCCCCGUCCCCCGGGGAUCCCUACAGCCAGCACGAACCCCACUACGAGCCCUGCUCGGCCGCCCAGCACUCCUACAGCUUCGGCCCCGGUUCCAGCCAUGCCUGCCCGGAGCCCGAGAGCGGAGCCUCCUCCUCCAGCUGCUCCUCCACCCCGGGCAGCGGCAGCGCCAACCAGGGCAGCAGCGCCAACCAGGGCAGCAGCUCCAGGGCCCCGGUGAAGAAGAACCCCAAGGUGGCCAACAUCAGCGUGCAGCUGGAGAUGAAGGCUCUCUGGGACGAGUUCAACCAGCUGGGCACCGAGAUGAUCGUCACCAAGGCUGGGAGGUAGGAGCUCUGUCUGUCUGUCUGUCUGACAUUGGGUGUAAAGCGCCAUCUUUAUGCAGAUAAAUAAUCACUGAUUUCAUAUCUCUACAUAUAAUGCCCCAGCAACCUGCUGCUCCAACUGUACACAUCAGACCCAGAGCUCCAUUUAUCACACAGAGCUCCCUUAAUCACACUCACAGCUCCCUUGAUCACUCACAGCUCCCUUGAUCACUCACAGCUCCCCUGAUUACACACACAGCUCCCCUGAUUACACACACAGCUCCCCUGAUCACAGACUAUCCUGAUGAUACAAAGAAACUCCUGAAUACACAGAGCUCCCCUAAUCACACAAAUCCCUCCUGAUCACACCGAGGCCACCUUAUCACAUAGAAGCCCCCUGGUCAUACAUACAGUUUCCUGGUCAUACACACAGUCCCCAGGUCAUAGGUCAUACAUACAGUCCCCAGAUCAUACCUUAUUCUCUUGUGAUUACACACUGGCCUCAGUACACAGAUCAACCCUUCUAAAUACAUUCUUGUCCUAUAUUAUUUAUUAGACCCUACUGACCACAGACUAGCCUCAAAUAACCUAAUAGUUGUGAACAAACACCAUUCCCUUAUCACGCACUGAUUUGCCAGAUCACACUUAGGUAUUGCCAAUCACACUCUGCCAGUCUCUAAUUUCACGCCAUUUCUAUUCAACAAAUGUUGCAAAAGCAAAAAUUAACAUUAAUAAAAAAAGUCUGAUUGUGUCUGACCCACAGACUGUCCUGGGCCAGGGUGGGGGGUGUACUAGGAAGAAUCCAGCCCAAAGACAUGCAGGGGUAGCAGCUGGGAUUGGAAAACAUGACCAUUUUAAGAAAGAUGAUUUCAUACUUGGAAUAUUUCUUGGUUUAAUUGUAUUAAUUCACAUACAGGAUGGGAAGAGACAUAUGAAUAUAGCAUAGUAAGCUGUUUUAUGGUCUAAGAUUCAUCUUCAUGUAGGACAAAUUGCAACAGCUGCUUGUCUCCAAAAUACUCCUAUCAAUUUAUGUAAAAAAAAAAAGGAGUGAGUGGGGAAUGGAACUAUAUAACUGUAUACAUGUAAUUUAAUUAGGCUGCAUUAACACACAUUUCAGUCUACGCUUUGUUUUCCAGUCACAUUACAGCAUAAACAGUUGUGACACAUUAUAGUAUUAAGUGAUAAAGGCUAUUUUAGAAGCAGAUACGAAGUCAAAACGUUGAUCCAGAGAUCUGCAUUUCCUAAUACCUUCCCCUUUAUUUUAUGUAAACCCUUUACAAUACACAGUCAGCACAGAUCCCAACCGAGACUCCAGGCACAAAAACCACUAGGAUUAUCGCCGAGACUUCUUCAAUGCACAGGGCUGAGCUAGGUGUGUGACUGGUGAAUGCUGGAGUAUGAUGGGGACAGGCUAAUCUGCUGAUAACACAUUUACAAAUCAACACAAUGCACAGCCAGCCCUGCUCUGUGCAAUCUGCUAAACUAACACUGCCACACUGACAACAAUUCAUAAUCAUAAUGAUAACACUAAAAUAAUAAUAAUAUCAAGUGUGUGUUUAACUAGAAAUUUAAAAAGAAAAAAUGCUAAAAGACAGGUACACUGGUCAUAAUUUAAAAUUGAACACACAACACACAUUUUUUGCACAUCAAAACCUAUGCACAAACGUCUGCGUGUUAUUAAAUAGACUUGAUGUGAACAUAUAAUAUUAUCAGUAGAAUAUGGCAACACAUACAUAGGUAAACAUAAAUAUACAACAUAUAUGACGUGGGGAAAAAACACACUAGGUGCUAUGCUACAUACAUAUAAAACAAGUCACAUAUGUUUGUCUUGCAUCUAUCUAUCUAUCUAUCUAUCUAUGUACGGUGUGUUUAUAAAUUGCUUUAUUAGAGGCAAAACAUUUAAAUAAUUGAUUCAUGCAAUUUGAAAAAAAAAAACAUUGGCUGUUAGAAAAUGCGAGUUUGCAAUGGAAUAGAAUUAGAAGAAUGUGUAUUUAUUAAAUAUGUAAACAUUGCAUACAUCAAAAAGGUUUUGAGUUAGAAUUGUUUUUGGAUGUGUGUUUGAGAGGCCUCCAGCCUUUUUAGUCUACAGCUACAAUAUUACUAUAGCGCCUAUAAUGUGGAAUUAAUUUACAAUUUACAGUUUUUACUGAAUAAUGAAAAUAAUAAAACUGAAAAGGCCUGUUUUAUUGAACUGAAAGUUUAAUAGAAUCUGUUGUUUCCAAAGACUUUCUAUAAUAUUUAAACAUUAUAGCCAAUACAUUGUCACUGAUUUAUUAUACCUAUAACAUAUAAUCUUUAGAAUUGAAAUAAUAGUAUUUUUCUUACUAUAUUAUUGUAGAAAGGAUUCAUUCAAAUUUAGAGUAAUUAAUUAAUUUAAGCAGUAAUUAAUUUAAAUGUACAGUGUGCAUAAUGUAUUCAUUAAACUAUUAUUAUAUUUAUUAUAUUAAAUCACUUUCUCCAUAACCACAUAUUGAAAGCCUUCACUGUAUAAAUCUUCCCAGCAUAUCUGUCUGUGCUCUUAAUAGGACCUUGCUUCCUAACUGAAUGUUCCAAUUCGAAUCACUAGGUUUUAGAAUUGUAAAUAAAGCACAAUAUGUGUCUUUUAGGCCCUCAGAUGUCUGAGCCGUUUUGGAGAGUCAGUGACCCUAUUCAAAAAGGGCAUGCUCUCCCAUCACGUGUAAUAAAUGGCUAUCUGUAUAUAUAUUAAUAAAUAGUAUAAUGCAUUUUCCCAGUUUAUCCUAACUGCUGUUACAGACUUACUUUCAGCACCCGGCCCAGGGCAAUGGUUCCUUGAUAAAACCAAUACCCCCACUCUAGGACUGACAAAGUCUUUUAGGAGCGGUUUUGUGCCUGCUCUAUGUAUUUGUGUGAUCUAUUUGCUCCCAUUCCCCCAGUUAAAUCCCAGAGUCAAUAUUAUUUCAAGUUACUGAAUCCAAUUACUUCACAUCAGGUGAUUGAACAGGAUGAGCCUUUUACUCCACGGGGGGCAAUGAAUGAUAGAGACAAAUAAUUGUAUAAAGAAAAUCUACAAAGUGUGUGUGUGUGUAUACAUGAUAAAUGUAUGCACUCUGUAUUAGUGUAUUGUACUAGGUACUAGUCCCUGUAUUAUAUAUUUCUAUGAUAAUAUAGUAUACGUCUGUUGGAUGGCAGCGAUUAACCCUUUGAUAGGCAUGUGUAUGGCUGUAAAACAUAAAUCACAAUGCACAAACACAUAUGCACAAUCUGUGUUAGUCAGUUCCACAUCAUUAAGUGUCUGUCCUGUGGCCUCUGCUUUGUUAAUGGAAAUGUAUAUUAGAACAGAAUGUAUAAGGGAGUUUAUUCACUAACCAGCCAAGCACUGUAGGUUUAAAAUGAAUUUAAUGUUUACACCAGGAUAAGGGGGGGAGUUGUUUUGUUUAUCUUUCAAAUUUGACUGUUUUAGACUAUUUUUGGCAAGUUAUAUGUCAACUCAUCGCAACUUAUUUAGUUGUGAAUAAACCCCAAAAGUUUGAUGAACUGAAACAUUUAAAAGGCAGCAGAAAAUAAAAGUCAUAUUAUUGGCGACAGUAAGUGCAGGUAGUGGUUAUUGAUGAUUUACAGCGAAUUAAAGGAACAGUAAAUGGAAAAGUAUUUGAAAAAUAAAAAAUAUCGAAUUAAAAUUAUAUUUUUGAAAUUACAUUUUUACAAUUCGUUCUGUUAAAUAUGUCGAUUGUUAAAAAUACAUUUAAAUAUAUCCAGUCUAAAUUUGCAAUAAAAGCAAUAUUUAUCAGUAUUCCAUCACUUUGCUGUCAGCAUUCUACUCUUUUCGGUUAAUUUGAGAUUCGCAGUGUUUUAAUUGAAUUGUUUUCUGACAAUGUACCGCAAAGCUUAAUAAAAAUUUUUUUUUAAAAAAAAUCUGUAUUUAUAAAUUAAAUAGUUCUCUUUUAAUCUUUGUGAUUUUUUAAAUAGAAAACAAAAAUGAAACUACUGUCGACCAUAUAAAACGGUAAACCGUAGCAAAAUAUCAGUAAUAAGUAUUAUUAUUAUAUUUUAUUGACAAAUGGUCACUAUAUAUUUGUUUGAGUUUUCUAAAACUUUUUUAAAUUUAAAAAUACCAAUAGUAAAAAUACCUAAUUAUUCCCUGAGUCCCUUAUGUUUAUUUUCUGUAAAAUAUUUUACAGUCCAUUAUGCAUAUUUAAUAAUAAUAUAUCCAUGCUAUAUAUUAAUUUGUUUUAAAUCUAAAUAAAUAGGUCAACUAAUAUCUAAUAUCAGAGACUGUUUAAAUGCAUCACACUGUGCCCUUUAUGUAUUGGGUUUAUAUAGCAGGUAUCAGGCCAGAUCAUUUUCUGUUGAAUCCUUUUUUUUCCAUUGUGGAGAAAUUAAACAGUGUAUCAUAUGAAAAAAAGCCAUUUAAUUAUUCACACAAGAACUGGGUCAAUAUCGGGGCCAUCUCCAUUUAAAGUCUGCUUAACCCUUUUUUUUCAGUAAAUCCAGAGGGACUGGAAAAUAGUUCAGCCUGAGUGGACCCAAGACAUUGUUUGUGGACAGUGUUAAAGGAAUUUAAGAAAUUACAUCUUGUUACUUUUAGACCCCACUGAAACUUGUUUAAGGAGUAAAUUAGUUAAAAGCACUUUUCAGAAAUUGAACUCAGCAGGAAAAUGAGUGCCCUGCGCUCUGUUUGAGCUGUCCUUCUCUGUAUUGUUCCAAUGACAAUACAAGCACCUCUCUGCUACAAUCCAUAACACCCACACCUCACUCAUAAUUUAACCUGGAUAAAGAGAAUCUGCCAAGCUAAAGUGGUUGCACAUUCUUGCUGGGGUUGCUCUCUGUUAAUUAUCUGGUCAGCAUUUCAGGAGGACAAUAGUCUGACCCCUUGGACCAUGCCAUAGAAAUACACACAAACACUGGAGAGAUGUUUCCUUUUAUGCUAGUGUUAGCUAACCUUGACACUUCAUUUGUUUAAGGACUACAUUUCCCAUGAUGCCCAGCAAUACCGAAUAAAACGUGCCACAAUACAAAACACACAAUUAAAGGAAGUAUUUGGUUGAAAAUCUACAGGGAUCUACUUUUUGUUGUUCAUUUGUUCCACAGGAAAAAAAUAACAAUAAAGCAUUUUAUAAAUAACAUGGAAGCUACUAAUAUAACUAAGAACAGAAAAGAUCAAAGACUGAAAAUAAACUCACUCCAGGAUUUUCGAGGAAACAAACACAAUACAAAAAAAUAAUAAUUAAAAAAAAAAAAAUGUAUGAAAUGAAUCGGUAUUUAGAUCAGAAUAUGAAAUGUAGGACGUGUACAGCGCCGUAGAACGUGUUGGCGAUGUAUAAACUAAACAAUCCUCUAAUAAUAGCGAAAUAUCUAUUUAUUGCUUAGACAAUAACAUUUCUGUUAAGGAAAACAAAACAAAAGCUCAUUGGAGUUUAUAAAAAAUAUAAUAAAACAAAUAAAAUAAAACCAACAACACAAACAAAAUAGGAAUCAGUUCAUAGAAAGCCCGACUGCAACAACAUUCGGUCUAAAUCCACCGAGCUGUGGGAGUAACCGAGUUGUAUAUUUACAGUGUAUACAGCAGCUCUUUCCGCCUUAGUUUUAGAAUUCGCUUUACAGUUUACAGCAGUCAGUGAAUAGACCCGGUUUAUUUGUAUUAACCAGUCGAAAUGUUUCCUCAUACCUUGUAACAUCAAUAUCACAAUAAUCGUGCAGUUUAAAAAAACCAAAAAAAACCUCUUCAUUUACAGUAUUUAAACUAGAAACAUUUCAGACAACAUGAAUACAACAUAAUUUAAAUAUUAAAAAAUAAAUGAAAAAAUAUAUAAUAUGAGAGAGAGAGAGAGAGAGAGAGAGAGAGAGAGAGGAGAUUAAAUUACAUUGUAUGUAUGUAAUGUGUUAAUUGCUCUUAGUGAUACCCAAUAACUGUUCUAGGUAAUGUCUCUUGUCCUCAAUGUUCUCAUCAGUUUUUGUGUCUCUUCUACCAGGCGCAUGUUUCCCACCUUCCAGGUUAAGAUAUUUGGGAUGGACCCCAUGGCUGAUUAUAUGUUAUUAAUGGAUUUUGUACCAGUGGACGAUAAACGCUAUCGGUAAGUAAAAUAAACCCUGGGAACUGAAAUAAAGGCCACUUCACACUGACUACAUAUCCAAUCCUUCAGCAUCCCUUAUAACCGAGAAUCUGUCUAGUGGGGCUAGCAGGGUAACCCAAUACAUCACUGCAUGUGUAUCCAUCAAGCAGGGAGUAGAAUAAAUAGUCCAGUGUAGGAGACCUAAAGCUGGACUUGUUACUGAGGCUCUAGAACUGGGCUAGUGUUAAACACAUAUACCAAGUGUAGAUUAAUCACUUUCAUUUAAUCCUAUCUUUUCUUUCCUUGUAUAUGUCUGUAAUUAGAUAAUCAUGUUUCCUUGCAGAGUUUUUUUUUUCUAAACACUUCAGCUCUGCUCCAUAAAAAUGAUUAAAAUGCAUGUUCCUGGGGAUGGAAGGAAUGUGGAUUCUUUAGUGUAUAAUAUAUCUUACAAUCUGCCAUACCAAUAUUAUUCAUUCCUCUCCUUUUUACCCCAAAAAAUGUGGGUAUAGAAAUAUAUAAUAUAUGAGUGUGAGUGUGUUGAUACACACACACACACACACACACACUUAUAUAAUAAUAUAUCAAUAUAUAUAAAUAUGUGUGUAUAUAUAUUUGUUCUAUACAAUACAUAACAUCUGUCUAUAUAUAUAUAUAUAUAUAUAUGUACAUAGUUAUCUAUGCGGCUUUAUAGGAAUAAUUUUUAGAUAUGCACCACAUUAAAAAAAAAUCUACAAUCUGUUUAAUGACUAUGAAAUACAAGUUAGCAAUUGAUUAGAUAAAUAUGCAGAUUUAUGAUGUUGUUUAUGUAUUUGUAGUUACAUACUUUUAUUAUAAAAUGAAUCGGUGUCGUUCAAAUGAGUUACCUCUGUUUUUUAUUUAUUUUUUGAAACCUUAAUUUAUUUAGUUCAAUAGUUGUGUUUAUAAGUAAACAGACUAAUGUUAAUUUGUUCCUUGCUGUAAAAAAGAAGUAUUAUAGUGUUCUAAUGUUAUACAAAAUGUGAUAAAAUAAAGUCUCCCGUUUAUGAAGCAGGCUUUAGCACAGGUUUAGGACAAAACAUUGGAGUUGUAAACAUUUCUUCAAUUUGGCUGAGUUAGGAAUUCUCCCCUUACUCGGCUAUGUAGUUUUAAUUGGAUAUAUCACUUGUUAAAUCAAACCAAUCAGUGUUUAAUGAAUAGAUCCCAACACAUUUUGCAUAAAUAAUAAAAAUAAUAAUAAUAAUAAUAAUAAUAAAAAUAAUAAUAUUUUCCCUGUACCUCUGUGUGAUUAAGUCACUGGGGUGAUUUGACAACCAGCGCUGCAGAAUCUGUUAGCUCUAUAUAAAUAAUUGUAAUUAUUGAAUUACAAAAUUAUCAAGUUGGGAGAAAUAUUGAAUUCAGUGAUCUGAGGCAUUCCCCAGGUUUUUCUGUUUGAAUAUCAGUUUUCAAGUGGUUCUGAACAGUUCACUAUUAGCUUUUUAUUGAAUUGACCCUAUGUAUAUGCCUAUUCUAGAUAAGUGAGUAUUCCUGGUGUAUGUAAAUAUUUAAAAUGCAUGAUUGUAAAGGGUAAAGAAUAUUAACCGGCUGUUUAUUCAGAUGAGUUGAUGCAAAAUGAAAAGGGAGUUUAUUAGUAAAUGUACGUUACAAUACAUAAAACAUAUUGACAGAAAGAUUAUAUGUUAAUUGGGUCAAAAUAAAGCUUUAUGUAACCCCUAAAGUGCUGUUGAGGCUUUUGAGAGAGAGGUCAAACCACAGGAACUUCCUAGAUAGAUAGAAGAAAAAAAGUCUGAAAAUGGAACAUCUUUAUUGAAUUCUGUAUAACAUGUGGAUUCAAUGAAACACUUCUUGUUAUUAAAUGUUCCAUUCGGCCCCAGACAAGACUUAUGGCAGAGGGCACCAGCUCCUGUGUACAGCCUGCUGAUUGGAAUUAAUUCGAUCUAUAUAGACACACUGACACAAGUUAAAAACAUCUAGUUCAAGCCAAUUGAUAAUAGUCCUGAGAACCUUUGCACUGCAAGAAUGACAGUAACUGGGGAUUUUAAUACAUACCAAAAUAAAAUAAGCAUUGCUAUUUCAUUUUAAUUAUUUAAUUACGAAAAUUGGGUGAGGUGACUCCAAAAUCAUGGCGUCUCCAAACUGCUUAGAACGAUAGGGUCUCUGUACAUGCUUCAUGUUAUAUUACAUUUAUAUUAUUACUAUUAUUUAUGGGGAUCGACACUAUGGAUUUCUUAAAUAAUAUAUUCAAUUAUUUAUGUAUUUAUUAUUAUUAUUAAUAUUGUUAUUAUUAAUAUUAUUAUUGACCCUAAUGCAUGUUGUUUUUUUUCUGGAAUAAAUAUAUGAAACCAUUAACUUGUGCAACUUGUCUUGAUAAAUACAUUAUAAUUAUUAUCCCUGAUUGUGUUUUGGAAUUAGCGUAUAUAAGCAGUACGUUGUGCUAGCAGUCAGUAUAAGCAGUUAUGCCACACAGUAUAAACCAAUAGAUCUCCCUUUCUCUCCUUGUAGUUAUGCCUUCCACAGUUCCUCGUGGUUGGUGGCAGGCAAGGCUGACCCUGCCACGCCGGGGAGGGUCCAUUACCACCCAGACUCCCCUGCUAAGGGGGGGCAGUGGAUGAAGCAAAUUGUGUCCUUUGACAAACUGAAACUGACCAACAACCUGCUGGACGACAAUGGACAUGUGAGUAUUAAAUGGGUCACCAAGCCAGCCUCUGCACCCCAAUAGAUAGAGCAAACUGAUUAUAGAUUUGAACAAGGGGGUGAGGGAUGAAUCUGCAUAUUAACCUAGGCUAUAUAAAGCGUAUACAUUUUGCCUUAACCAUUAGAAAAAAAACAAAAAACAUUUUUUAUGUUUUAGAUGCAUGUAUAAAAAUUAUAAAUGCUAAGAUGCAUUGAAGAAUUUCUGCCUGGCAUUAUUACAAUAUGACACAAUAAUCUUGCAUUAUUUUCUUCUUUAAGGAAUAAUCAAAGCAUUAAAUAUUAGCGUUUUACCCUUAAUCAGAAAUCUGUUAGAUCUUCGGAUGUUUGAUAUUACUGAGAGAAUAGUUUUAUAUGUAAAUACAACAGUAAUUCCUCUCAUAGAAUAUAGUCUUAUGUAAACAGCAUGCAGAUAACCUUUGACCUUGUCUAACUGAAUAGGCUGCAGCGAGCAGAAAGGGAAGUAUUUAGGCCACUGAAAAUCUAGUUUUGUUUUUUCUAGAUCAUACUAAAUUCCAUGCAUAGAUACCAGCCACGUUUCCAUGUGGUGUAUGUGGAUCCCAGAAAGGACAGCGAAAAAUAUGCAGAAGAAAAUUUUAAAACAUUUGUAUUUGAAGAGACUCGCUUCACUGCAGUAACUGCAUAUCAGAAUCACAGAGUAAGUAUUUCUGGAGUGUAUUACUGAGACAAAAUAAUUCCGAUACAUCAUUUAUCUUACCUUUCUCAAUGAUGGAUGAUGGUCUGGAAAGGAAAAAGAAAAAAAAAUCACUUUAAUUCAGAGCAGCCAUCAGAGCUGGGAGUAUAGGAGUUUGUGUAGCCAUGAGAAAGAAAAUUUGGUUUACAAAUAAAUAGGCUUUUCCUUUUCACUGUUCGGAUUUUCCUGUGAUCAAUAGACAUGUCAGAUUCGUUUAAGAAAGCUAAUUCAUUAAGAAUGCAGAGCAAGUAUAAAAAUCUAAAUUCUGCACAGAUAGCCCAGGAUAAUGUUACAAAACAAACACAGUCUUUAUUUAACCCAUUAAAAAGACAAAGCAAGAAAUGCGUUUAACACAUUCAGUUCUGGGGAACAGAAAAUUAAAGUCAAUCUUCUUGUAUUGUUUUGAACGCUAGUUAAAUAACUAUUUGGGAAAACAAAUAAAGAAAACAGUUAACCUAGUCAGUAGUAGUUUUGUUCGUGAUCAGUCUAUUUUAAUUUUUUUAUUCAAUUUUUACAAAAAGGUACAUUUUAUUUUAUUUUAAAGGUUCAUUUCCACGUAUUCACAUAGUAAAAUAAUUAUUGUCAAAUAUGUCAGUUGGUAGUAAUAAAAAAUAAAUUAAUAAUACUCACUAAGGCAGAAAUGAUCUAUUAAUCCUACAUUAUGUGAAAUGUUAAGAAUUGCUAUCAGAACUUAACCCUUUAAGCUGAAUUGAGGGUGUGUGCCUGAUGGAACUACCUAGUUCCAAAGUGUCCCAUUGGCUGUGUAACCAGAGAGGUCUAGUUCUCAAUGUAAAGGUGUUCUGAUUGGCCAUUCUGAACAUUCCAGUAUUCCUGCAUAUAUAUCACAAGCAAUUAGCACAAUAAAUCUUUAUGCUGUAAUUAAAAUAGAAGGGUGUAUCAAGCUUACACCCCUCACUGGUUAUGUGAGCCCAGCUAUAGCAUCCAUAUGUAAAUGGAUGCUGCCAUUACUUGUUAAAAGCUGGUGAUUUAUAUCCAUGUUUCCUAGUCAAGCAUAUAGGUGAAUAAACCAGAGAUAAAUUUAUCUCAGAUAAUAAAAUCUAGCCCUAGGUUUAGACAUGUCAGCACAUCAGAUAGUAGACAUUGUUGACUUCUGUCCAUCUGCUAGCUAGAUCAUUUGCCUUGCUAGUCCAGGAAGCUGAUAGCAGAGAAAGGGUUUGCUAGUGAUGGACAACAGAAGCUCAACAUUUGCAAUUUCAAGUUAGCUUUAAAAAAAGUGAACCCCAGAGGGAUUCCAUUCCCUAUGCAAACCCAACACUCACUCUACUGCUUCCCCACUGCGAAAUGUCAAUCAAACAGUGUUUGUACAAAUCUGCUUUUCUGUUUACCUAGAUGUGCCAAGCCUGAUGCAGGAUCUCCUGAGAAAGGAAAUGCCCAUCACUGGCCUAUUCCCAACAGGGCAUACCUUUAAACAAAACAUUUGGCUAAAACAACCGUCUUUACCUAGGGAGGACAGAAUCUCCUAACCGGGCACAUUGCUUUGCAAUAUAAUGCAUGUAUUAUAUUGGGAAUGCUGUUUUAGAUCGAUGAGAUGAAUUAUAACAUGUUAGUGAUCUAUUAAUUAGGAAUGUGAUUUUGGCUUGUAUUGAGGCUCAUUCACUGAACAUCGAAUUGUAAUAAAUUAAAAACGAAAUGAAAAAUGUAAUCCAUAACAACGUUUGCAGCUUGGCUGUUUUGUCAUAUAUCUGAAAAUAAUUCAGUUGCCAAUUCACUACACUUCAUAGUUUAGUGAAAUGACACCUUUUAAACAGUGACAACUGUGACAUGUCUUUCCAUGUGCUACCGAUGAAAGUGACACACGGAAUGCUACCGAGAAAAAAGCAAAUUUAUCGCAAUUUUCUGUUUAGUAAAUCUCCCCUACUUGUGGAAAGAUAUCAUCAGAAUAAUUGGAAUCACUUAAGACCUUGAUGAAAAAAAAAGAAGAAAAUAAAAAACCCAGAAAAAACAAACCCACACACAUAAAACCAAGAACAAAUAAAAACAAGAAACGAACUACUAUGUUCAUUCAUCCACAGUGACAGCUGUUUCAUUCACAGCAGCACACAUUAAUUGGAAUAUAAUGUAACAGAUAGAAGGAGGCCAGGAGGGCCAGGCAGGGCUAGUCAGGCUGUACAGAGAAUCUAAGCCCCGUGUGUGACCUGGGGAGGUAUCUAGGUGACUUUUAGCAGUAAAACUGGUUUCUUUCCUGAGACAGGAGAUCCCAUCACACGUUGUGUACACAGUCCAUGAUGCAGGCAGUAUGUGCAACCUUAGCACAGAGAUUCCUGCACAGGGCUGGCUGGCUGGCUGGCAGGGCCCUGCUGACGGUUACAGACAGCUGCUUUCACUCUCCCCCUCUCCCUGCUUCUUUGCACUCUCUCUUGCUAUCUCCCCUCUCGCUGCCUGCCCCUUCUUUCCCUGUUUCUUCCUCAUAUAUCUGACAUUCUAUUCCCCCCUCUCUCUCUCACACCUUCUCUCCCUACCCCACACCUUUCCUCCCCGCUACUCUCCCUGCCUAUCUCAUCCUAUCUCUCGCAGUCCGUGCAUCUCUCCCUCUCUCCUAGCCGCACGACGUGCCUCCCCACUCCCUGCCUAUUUACCCCUCUCUCUCCAUUUCCUUGCCUCUCUCUCCCUGCCUCUCUCCCCACUCCCUGCCUCUUUACCCCUCUCUCUCCAUUUCCUUGCCUCUCUCUCCCUGCCUCUCUCCCCACUCCCUGCCUCUUUACCCCUCUCUCUCCAUUUCCUUGCCUCUCUCUCCCUGCCUCUCUCCCCACUCCCUGCCUCUUUAUACCUCUCUCCCCCUUUACCAGCCUAUCUCCUCUCUCCCUGCCUCUCAAUCUCUCCCCACUCUCUCUACCUUUCCCUGCCUCUCUCUCCACUCCCUGCCUCUCUACACCUAUCUCCCCUCUCCAUGUCUCUCUCCCCACUCCCUGCAUUUCUACACCUAUCUCUCCCUUUACCAGCUCAUCUCCUCUCUCCUGGCCUCUCACUCUCUCCCCCUUUCCCUGCCUCUCUACACCUAUCUCCCCUCUCCCUGCCUCUCCCUUUCUCCCCACUCCAUGUCUCUCUCCCCCUUUCUCUGACUCUCUCCCCACUCCCUGCCUUUCUACACCUAUCUCCCCCUUUACCAGUUUAUCUCCCCUCUCCCUGCCCCUCACUCUCUCCCCACUCCCUGCCUCUUUCCCCUCUCCCUGCCUCUCUACACGUAUCCACGCACUCCCUGCCUCUCUCCCCUCUCCCUGCAUUAUAUCACUUUGACAGUCUGAAACUGUCACUGAAAAGAGCUUAAAGUUUGUUUUUCAACCCAUUCCGGAAAUUCACAAUCACACACUUUAUCCCAGGAUUUAGUUCAGUAUAGAACAUUUCACUGGCUUGUCCCCAGAUGAGUGAAAUGAAUCCACACGUACGAUGUAUUCCGAGAUUUAUAUUAGCUGCAAUGCUGGAGACCCAUCCAUGUAAUAUGGAAUAUUGUUACAAAGUGUCUAUUCCAAAGCCAGCCCUUCUCCUCAGUCCCAGCAUCCCCCCUGUAACUGGUAUUAGAUGGCCGCCUGCAUUCUGCCCAUCUAGAGAAGAACCAUAUGUUGUCAGCAGCCUGCUGGACUAAUGCUGUUAGUAUAGCUUUACUUGGACCAGCAGGACCGAGGGAAUAACUUGGAUUAGCAACCAUUGAACCACUCCCAUCACGUUAGGACAGUGUCAUGAGAAAGGAAGGAUACUGCAGUUGGACUUUGGGGUGUUAGUGAUUACCAAUUGAUGGGAGUUUUUGUACAUAGAGUAAACUGUUGUCAAUGUAAUAAUUGUGGGGCACUAUACUAAGCAACAAAAAGGGAAAGGGUUUCAUUCCAUCACUAGCUCAGCUGCUAUACUACCUCUUUGCAGGUAAUAUUUAUAUUGACUCCUUUUUCUUAUCAUUGCAAAUGUUUUUUUUUUUUUUUUAGAAUGGGUUGUAUGCUACUCUCCAUUAGCUGAGGGCUAUUUGCAAACUUGUCAAACUUUAACAAAAUCUCUACAUAACUGGUGUGCAAGUUAUACUACAAACACAGCAUUUACAUACCUCCCAAGAGUCCCUAUUUAAGAUGGACAGUCCCUAUUUUUGCUCAAAUCCCUUUGUCCCUCUUUUCUACCCAAAUGUCCCUCUUUCCUUACAGCUCUGCUUUGUUGGUGUGUCUAAUAGGCUUGUGCGUGGCAAGAAAAUUUGGUUUCUCCAAACCAUUAUUAUUUUUUUUUUUUUUAAGAAAACAUAUUUAGACAAACCUAAAAGGACGGGAAAAUUUGAAAAUGUAUAUAUUUUGACAUACACUAAUAGGAGUAUUUUUGGUUCAAAGAUCAAGUGAGAAAAAAUAACCAGAGAACAUUACUCCACUGGAGAGAAACAUAUAAUACUGUCCUCAAUAAAAACAUGGAAGUUCUUGCUUAAUUAGACGGAUAGUUUGAGAAAAGUCUAUAAUUUAGAGAGCCAGAUAAAUAAAACUACAACAUAAAGGAGAGGUGGCGCUGUUGCCCUUAGUAUAUAUUGCUCUUUGUAUGAACAUGUACAUUAAUUUCUUAGACUGAAUAUAUAGAAAUGGAUAGGGGGCCAUUAAAUGACCCACACUCCCUGUAGGCUAUUAGAUAACCCUGCCGUUUGUUUAAUUUAAAGGUAAUAUCUUUUUCCAUCCCCCCAUCAUUAACAGGCUGCUUGGGCAGUGUUAUAAGGUCAGCAUUCACAUUGUAUUUUUAAAACCAGCACAGGCUGGCAUGCUGGGUAUGCUAACGCUGGUUUUGUUUGUCUCAUACAGAUUACACAACUUAAAAUCGCUAGCAACCCGUUUGCCAAAGGAUUUCGAGACUGCGACCCUGAAGACUGGUGAGUACAGUAAAGUAAUUGCAAUCAAUCCUGUAUUAACAGGACUGGCAGGAUAAAGGGCAUUCUUGGCUAUCACGCCCCACUCUCUGGCACAAUGCAAUCCUUAACACUGCUUUAGUGAUGGAACAUCUUGUAUCAUUUCCUAAACUAAUAAAAUCAGGAUGUGACUGAAAUCAAGGCAUCAGUUUCAUUAUAACCUAUCUACCUAUGUGAAAAUAUUAGAGUUUAUUCACUAAUAAGUAAAUAGUAGUGAAUUAAAACUUGCAGAUUUAUUUACUAAAAUGUGAAUCAUGGAAGAAUUUGAAGUGAAUUCAAAGAUAAUUUAGAAAUUUAAGCCAAAUUGUCAAAUUGUUAGUUUAGCUGUAUUUUCAGAAAUUUUAGUGCAACAUUUAAAGUACACUUUAACGAAUAACCCUUGAAAUGGCAAAUUCUGUUACAAAACAGAUGGAUUUUAAAAGUUUGCCAGUUUAGCUUUAGUUACAAAUUGGAUAAUUUAGCUGGAAAUUUGCGAUUUGGUUUUUAUUAACGGUUUGGUGAAAAAAACUCUCAUAUAUAUCAUUAUCAUUAUUUAUGUAGCAGCAACAUAUUUUGUUAAACUCCCAUUGGAAUGGGUGGUUGAUACCAGUGUUUGGUAGUAUAUAGAUGUGAUUCUUCUAAUAGUUAACAUGAUUGUGGCUGAUGAUUGGCAGAUAUUUAUUGUUUAAUGACAGUGAUGUGGCUUACUACUUAUAUUUUACAUUAGUUGAAAACAUUCAUGUACAAAGAAGAACCAAUUUGUAGUGUGUAUUAUUAGCUCACUUUCUGGAAGGGCUUACCCAGCCACUGACAGCAAAGGGAUUAGAGAAACGCAGAUUAUAUUUGCAUUACUUCCAUCAUAUAAGACAUUGCAUCUAGUUCUUUACAAAUAGCCUCUUCCAUAGCUCGACCUUGGAGUCUGUGUGUACAAGUAUCUGCAUGCCUGUGUCCUUGUUAAAGGCUGUGUGUACAGGAGAUUGAGUUUAAAUAUACAGUGCAUUGAUACAGGUGAAAUAAAAUGCCCAUAUUGUAAACAAUCUUUAAUAGCUAUGUUUCUGAAAGCUUAAUGAGUGUACAUUAUAUAUUGUUAUGCAACCAUCUAGGUAUAGAGUGUAGAGUGUAAAUAAAAAAUACAUAUAAAGGCCUUGUAAGCAGGGCGUAUACAGAUCAGAUGAGAGCAGAGAAGAUAUGGCAAAUGUGUUUGCAGUUUCCUAAACUACUUCCAUUUGGGUUCAAUUUUCUUAGUCUAUUUCAGGGGUAGGCAACCUGUAGCAUUCCAGAUGUUGUGGACUACAUAUCCCCUGAUGCUUUGCCAGCAUUAUGACUGUAAGAGCAUUCUGGGAGAUGUAGUCCACAACAUCUGGAGUGUGAAAGCUUGCCUAUCCCUGGUCUGUGUCAUUGGCAGUCUAACCCUUUCAGUACCAGAAGAAAAGAGUACUCAAUGGCCCAGGUGUCUUCAGUAACCCCUUUGGCAUGUAAUCCGAAAUGUCUAGAUCCUGUUCUGUUGGUGUAUGUUGAGGACUAAAUUGGGAAUGGGAGCCACUGCUCUAGAGCAUGUUUGUGAACAUGAUGGAUAGAGUUAUCCCAGCAAAGCACUGAAAGGCUACAGUGAAUUUUUCUUUUUAAAGAAAAGAUUAACUCAAAUAGAAUAAUAAAACGUUGUAAGAUUUAAGAAUUCCAAUUUAACAGUAAAACCCCAUAAGAUCUUAUAUUGUUUGUGUCUGACAACAGCUAUAAAUGUAUUGUAUAUAUUGCAGACUGUCACUUCCCAAGAAAUAACUAAUAUAAAACCAUUUUUAAAUCAGGCAGAAACUUCAUUUCCAUUGUAUUCCUCUAACAAAAACAUAUAAAUCCAUUAAGGGAGCUCAUUGUAAUAUAUUUACCAUUUAAGCUCUGACAUGACUACAGUAUAUCCUUGAUUUUGCAGGCCCAGAAAUCACAGACCUGGAUCCCUCCCUCUUAUGAGUGCUUUUGCAAGGUCUAGAAAUCCAGUUUCAUCUCCUCCACAGAAUGGAACUGAAAAAGGUCAGUGAAAUACCUAGCUUGUCCUACUAAAUCCUAUAUCCAGCCCUCCCUGGAAUUGUAUGGAAACAUAAACUGCGCAGUCAUAUGCUGGUAAAUCGUUAUGGUUGUAAAUGUCAUCGACCCUUAUAGAACAUUGUAUACAUUGUAUUAAUGUGUAAACCUGGCUAUAUAGAUAUAGGGGCAGCUCUGAAAAAACAUAUAUUGAGGAUUUUAUUCAUUAAACAGAUAAUUAUGGUUAGCUGGGGGGGAAAAAAAAGUACUAAACUACAUAUAGUAAUUUUUCUUUAAUAUAGCAGAAAUGUUUUUCAAUUCACCAAAAUUGCAGGUUGCUAUUUUGGGCAAACAAAAAUGUUGUAAAUUAUUUUUUUUAUCUGACUUUGAACAAAAAUGUUAUUAAAAUAUGUUAAAAGGUAUGAACAAUAUAGGAACAGUUAUGCGCAAAAGGUGCAAUCCUUUCUUUUCCAGUCUAACACAUUGCACACAGUCCACUAUAAUUAAUAUAUGGCUUCUAUGUGUACCCAAAUCAUAGUGUAGUGGUUACUACUUCUAAAACCUGUAGAGCAUUAUAAUUCCUGCUACCCUCCCUGGUGUAGCGUGAGCUAAACCAGUUAUGCUUUAUGAUAACAAUCAUUAGAAUUACACAAAUGACUGAAAUCUUCAGAAAAGUAGGAAAACCAUGGUGGUCAUCAACCAGCUGUAUUUAUAUUGUUCAGCUGUCAUACCUAAGUCUAACUGCUUCGAGGAAGACCACAAUAAAUGAAAAUGGGUGAUUUACUUUAAGCAUAAUACAAAAAUAAAACUACACACAUUGGGAUAAGUAAGGUGCUGCAGGCUAAAAACAAAUGGGCAAAAAAAAAAAACAAGUCUCAUUGGUAUGGCUACUUCCUCCUCACUACCUAGUUGCCUUAACAUCGCUAGAAGAGAACAAGAUUGUGUCAAUUAUUUUCACAUCAUUUUAUAGUGUAAUCAAUUUGAAUAUGUUAAUCGAUGUGGCUUUUAAUAAUGAUUUCAAACACAUAUUUAGAUGACGUAUUAGUAGCAACUUCAGUUUUACUUAUCAACUAUUUUUAAUGAUGCCCAAUUACCCUGCAUUAAAUAAAUGUAAAAAACUUUGAAGAAAAAAAUUAAAAAGUUCCUACCUCUAAAAAUAAAGUCCAAUUAUCUUAUCUUUGGCUCCAUUAUUGGUUCUUUCCUGAUAGAAAAAACAUUUCUCAGCCCGAGUUCAUGUCAGCCCCCUGUAGAGGGAUUGAAAAUUGCACCCAUCCAUGCUUUAACACAAUACUGGAGCCUAUGAGGCUCAGUAAGUACAGGGAAAAAACAAGGCAAGAGAUAGGGAGAGACUGGGCACACUGCUGUGUAUAUAUACAGCCUGCCUUGUUUAAUACAAAUAGCUGCCUUUGGCCAGGUAACUUUGUUUACUGCAUGUGGGCAUUGUACCCACAUAAAGUUAAAAUGUUUAUAUUUUCCUGGAAUUUUGUGAAUCUGCAUUUUUAAAAAUACCAGCACGCUCUUUACAAAGAUAUUUUAAUUCCCCACCGACCGAAUGUUUUUAAAUGUGUGUUUUACCGUCUUCACUUGGUUUUUAGAAACAAAAUGCUAGACAAGUUAUAAAUUCUAAUGCUGUUUGUUCUCCCAGCUGCUCUAAUUUUCUAAGAGUUUGAGUUAAAAUUUAAAUUAAAAAUUUAAAUUUUGUAAAUAAAAAAGGAAUUAUUUCUUCAGAAUUCCUUGAACAGCGAUAUAGUUACAACAUCACUGUUUUGUUUUAACUCUUCCUUUGUAUGCCAUGAAUUAAAAUAUUAUGCUUAAAAUGAACUCAGUAGAGAAGGGGUUACGUGCAUAGAAGCACAAUCCUACCUCAAUAUGUGACAUUUUUAUGCUGAGAAAGAUAUUAUGCUACACAGGGACAACAACCCUGGAUUUGGAAUGUAAUUUAACCAUUAAACUUUAUUUAGCACAGGGAUUACUCAACAGUUUAAUAACGAAGUCACUCUCAUAAGUCUGUGUAUACACUAGUCUAGUGCAUGGGUAGGCAACCUUCGGCACCCCAGAUGUUGUGGACUACAUCCCCCAUAAUGCUCUUACACCCAUAAUGCUGGCAAAGCAUCAUGAGAGGUGUAGUCCAAAACAUCUGGGGUGCCGAUGGUUGCCUAUGCCUGCUGAUUCUUGCUUGCUUCUCUCAUAUUAGUAAUUUUGCUUAAAUUAGAAAUGCCAGAAAUUACUUAAUUUAUGAUUCUUCCUAUUAUCCCUCAGAAAUAAUCACAUUUUCCAAUUAAACAGUUUUACUCCAUUCUAAUAACGCCAUCAUUGAGAUGAGUUAUAUUUUUUUUUAUUAGAUACCUAUAAUUAUUGUCAUACAGAGAACUUGGGCUGAGCCUUUUUAUGGGAUAAAUGCAGCCAAAACAGUGAACGUAGAAAGCAAUAAAUAUCAUGACUGCAAUUAAUUCCUCCAAUUUCCCCCGCAGGCGUUAUUACAGUUACCCAAUAAACUCCUUAGACAAGGAUCCUCACAAGCAAAUUCACUGCUAUUUUUUUUUUUUUUUUUUUGCAGUUUUAGUAAAUUUUUACCCCACACACACACACACACUAAGGGGAGUUUUUCUUGCUGCUAAACCAGGCAAUUUCAGAAAUGUCACACACAUUUACAUGUAUUUAUUUUCCAUUAUGCAGAGUCAAUAGUUGUAGAGACACACAGGGGCCCAUCCUCUAUAGCACACUUUGGGACUGGCCAAAUAAACGCAGUCUGUGUUUGUUUAGUGUUACACAACUUUAAGAAAUUUCAAGCGUGUAUCUACUUGUCAGUCAUUUCAUUCAGAUUUCAUCCCUAUAAGAAUGUCUUGUCAGAAUCGCAGAGGUUUAAGCUAAGCACAAUGAUAUAGAUUGGACGCUUUGCAGACGGUGAUAUUUUUUUUGUUAUACCUUCCCUCCCUCCUCCCCUCUGCUCUGGAGUAAUGAGAAAUAGUCAGUUUAGUUUUUAGAUAGAUUUUCUUGUAUUGUUGCAGCUUCUGUGUUAGUGCCACUGGAAAGCCCUUGUUUAUUUUACUAACAUGGUAGAAGGACUUCUGACCCAGAGAACACAAAAAAGCAAUAUAAACACUUUUAGAUCCCUUUUCCCCUCAUACGCACUUAACAUUAUGGCCUCUAUAUGUAGUAACGUUUUUUGUUGUAUUUCUUCUUUCAAAAUAUUUCUUAGCUCACUACACAACCACCCACUCCGACCCUUUCAUUUUAGGCAAUAACUGUUUAAACAUUUGCAUUAACAAAACCACCAUAAUGUUUUUAUAUCUCCCACCAAAAACUCACAUACUUACUCACACCAGGACGAUUUAUUCUAUUUUAUAAUUUAAUUCUUGGUGCCUUUUUUGUUCUCCAUAAUAAUCACUUAACUAUUUGCUAAUAUUUAUUCCUAUAAUGCUGUGUUAUUACACAAAAAGGUUUAAUCACUAAACUUGGAAAUGCAUGGAACUGAAAUUCAAAUGACCAAAUUUAGGCUAAACCAGCUGAUCUCUAAACAAUUCUUCAACUGCUAUAGUCAUUGCUUACCUAUUUCAGCUUCAAUUUGGGAUUUUGUUUCAAUUCACUACAAUUAGAAUUUGGUGACUAACCCUGAAGUCAUGUGAUUGAACAAAUGUGACAUGAACAAAUGUCACAUUUGUUCAAUUUCCAAUAAAAAUUCUAAUAUAAAAAAGUGACUGAAAAUGUUUAGAGAGCAAUGAUGUCAUAGUGGAAGUUACUGGUGUCAUAUUUGCUCAGUAAACAGGGGAACAAAAACAAUGGAGGGGUUUAUUUACUAAAUCUGGAACAGUGCAGAAUUGAAAAGAGAAAUUCAAAUUUAGGCCAAAAUAAAUAAUCUGGCAACUGUGAUUUUUUUUUUCUACUUCUCUAAUUCGAUCGAAAGUUUACAACUGCUUUGUUAAAUUGCAAAAAUAAAAAAUCAGUUGAACAACCCCCCCCCCAAAAAAAAACAUGAGGGGCCUUCCCACUCUUUAAUAAAGAAUGAGAUUGUUCACUUAUUUCACCAUGUAUAUUUUUACACAAAUUACAGUUUAUUUUUCUUAAUGCCAUAUAAAAUGACAAUGGAAAAAAAAACCUACAUAUCAAUUUAUAAUAAAGUGACAUUAAGGCAUCAUGGAAAUGUUACUUUUCUACAAGCCAUUGUAAGAAGAAAAAAAUAACUGAGUAAAGAAAUAAUAAAAAAAAAAGAACUGAGGGCAGAAUCUUAAUUGUAUUAUAUUAUCUGUACAUGAAUAUCUAAGAGACAUUACUUAAAUUAUUUAUACUGACAUUACAUGGCCCACAAUAAGUAAACACUGUUUAAAAUUUGCUAAAUUAAUACUCAGUAUUAAGCACAGACCAAGACUUCCCAAGAUAAGACAGUUUCUCAUUCCUUCACCCCACUAAACGCAAUUGUUGCGUUUCCUGGCGUGAAUAACACAAGGGAUGUAACUAAAAAGAAAAACUUACGUCUGCUGUACUUACGUGCUACAGCAACUUCAACCACCAAAGAUGCCUCGAGUAUGUAACAGCGAUUUGCUGUAUACGUGCAUGUGCACUUGGCAUUUUCUCUAGCUGUACUAUAUGUGCACAUGCGCAUAUGCGCUAUGUGUAUGGCAUUGCAAGCAUUAGCUAAUUUGCUUAGUUGUAAGCUAAAUGCAACAAAUAGAAGCAAUAACACAUUUUAAAAAAUAUAUUGCAAACUAUAACUUUUGGGGGGUCAAUCUUUUUUAGCAAUUGAAAAAAAAUAAAUAAACAAAAGGAAAUUACGACACAAUUAAAAGAGACAUUCCAUGCAGGGGAUAGAAUAACGGUGUGAGACGCUACGGCAGAAAAUUGUGCUUUACAGUACAGUACUUAUAUUAGAACCAAAAGCACAAGGACUCUUCCAGCAUAUGGUAGUCAUUAAUAUAUAAAUUGAAUUAACACAAUAGCACAAAAAAGGCUGCUGUUUAGGCACAAUCCUUGACGAGUAGAUGCUGGUUUUGGGUAACAAGGAUGCAGAGAGAGAAAAGGAAGGGAACCCAUUAGAUGUGGGAAGACAUCAGAAAAUAGAAUUGAGGGACGAGCCAGAGAAAAGGGAAGGAGAGAUAUGGAUAGAAGAGUCAAAGGUCAUGGGGAGGACCAUCAACCGCCUCUGUGCCUCUGCCACCAGGCCACUCACAACCCAAACACGCCUCACUUAAAUAGUCAAUCCAUGGGGGUCAAAUACACAGAUACUGUUUCUCUUUCUGAUACAGACAUGCCUUCAUUUCCUCCAUAGUCCUAAUUUCUUCAACUUUCACAACACAUUAGUGAUACAACGGAACACGAGUGCUGUUCCAGAGCACCGGGAUCAAGGUCGUAGCAGGUGUUUAGGACCUAUAGUUACAUUUUAUUUUGAUAUUAGGUUGUUCUAAAAUGGAAGAAAUGACAGUUCCUUUUUAAUUCUGAAUUUCUAAAAUGAAAGUGCAAAUAUGAUCAAAAAACUAAACAAAGAAACACAGAAAACCAACAGUUAUGUUCUUAUGGUUGUUGCAUGAGAUUAAAUGUUAGAUGGCCAUAUGCAGGUCCUCCAAAAUCUCUAUGCCCUUUUUUAGUUUGUGAAAUAUAAACAAAUAAACUAACUUCAUGAGUAUAGUUGCAUACCAUGCUCUAAUCUACCAUUAUACAGAACUCAUGUAGAUUCCACAUCUAAACAUAAAUAAUAACUAAAAAGAUAGGUUAAAGUAUGGGCUUUUCGCCAGUGGGGUAUCUCAGGGAUCUGUACUUGGACCCAUUCUCUUUAAUAUUUUUAUUAGUGAUAUUGCAGAAGGUCUUGAUGGUAAGGUAUGUCUUUUUGCUGAUGAUACUAAAAUAUGUAACAGGGUUUAUGGUCCAGGAGGGAUAAGUCAAAUGACAAAUGAUUUAGGUAAACUAGAAAAAUGGUCAGAAUUGUGGCAACUGACAUUUAAUGUGGAUAAGUGCAGGAUAAUGCACCUUGGACGUAAAAACCCAAGGGCAGAGUACAGAAUAUUUGAGUCCUAACCUCAACAUCUGAGGAAAGGGAUUUAGGGGUAAUUAUUUCAGAUGACUUAAAUGUAGGCAAACAAUGUAAUAGAGCAGCAGGAAAUGCUAUCAGAAUGCUUAGUUGUAUAGGGAGAGGUAUUAGCAGUAGAAUGAGGGAAGUGCUGCUCAUGCCAUUGUACAGAACACUGGUGAGACCUCACUUGGAGUAUUGUAUGCAGUACUGGAGACCAUAUCUCCAGAAGGAUAUUGAUACUUUAGAGAGGGUUCAGAGAAGGGCUACUAAACUGGUCCAUGGAUUGCAGGAUAAAACUUACAAGGAAAGGUUAAAGUAACUUAACAUGUAUAGCUUGGAGGAAAGAUGAGACAGGGGGGAUAUGAUAGAAACAUUUAAAUACAUAAAGAGAAUCAACACAGUAAAGGAGGAGACUAUAUUUAAAAGAAGAAAAACUACCACAACAAGAGGACAUAGUCUUAAAUUAGAGGGGCAAAGGUUUAAAAAUGAUAUCAGGAAGUAUUUUUUUACUGAGACGGCAAUGGAUGCAUGAAAUAGGCUUCCAGCUGAAGUGGUAGAGGUUAACACAGUAAAGGAGUUUAAGCAUGUGUGGGAUAGGCAUAAGGCUAUCCUAGAUAUAAGAUAAGGCCAGGGACUAAUGCAAGUAUUUAGAAAAUUGGGCAGACUAGAUGGGCUAAAUGGUUCUUAUCUGCCGUCACAUUCUAUGUUUCUAUGUUUACUGUCAGCUUCUAUUCAAAGUUCCAGCCGGACCUGCUUUUUUAAGUGCUUUUCACCCAUCAUCCACUAUUGUGUUUUUACACCGUGUACGUCAUGCUCCAGAGCUCAGCCACUGUCUAACUUCAGAAAUAUCACAAGUAGGAAGGAAAAUAGAGCAGGAAGUACAUAUAUACAAAAAUCAUUCUAGUGUUUAAAUAUGUUAUGCCUUACUACCUGCCAGGAUUUGUGAUUGUAUGUUUCACCAUGUAAAUCAUUUGAAGUAUUUCCUCUUUCACAAAGUUCAUAUUCAUUACUUAUAUCUGCAAAAACUGGUGCCAUAGAAUCAGUGACCCCUUGAGAUAUUAUUAGAUGGAUAUAUAAGGUCUAUAAGUGAGGCUUUCUACUGAGUAUGACUUGCUGUAAACAAAAGACUUCUAAACAAUUCCUAAUGCAGGCUGCGUGUAUGUCACAUUCUUUUGUCAAUGAUAUUCAGAAAAUAAUUGUCUUGAAAUCGCAAAGCAGCACCAAAAUCAGAGACAGUUUGUUAAAGUCCUAAGCUAAUUAUGCUUUGUCUUGCAGACGGAGAUGGCCGAAGAGAUUAUGAGAGAGAUGCCAGUGGCACACCCCUUCAUAGUGACGCUGCCCAUCAACAACUAAUGUCCAGAGUUCUCAGCCCUUCACUCCCUGUGCCAGGUGGACUUGUCCCUCUUAGCACUGGCAGACCUAGUCCUCCCCAUGAACUGCGUCUUGACCCCCAUUCACAGGGCUCGGAACCUCUCCAUCAUCACCCCUACAAAUACCCUACAAGUUAUGAUCAUUACUUAGGAGCAAAAACCAGACCGACCCCCUACCCUUUGCCGAGCAUCAGAGGACAUGGCUAUCACCACCACCAUAUGAACCCAGCAGCAGCUAAUAUGUACUCUGCAGCCGGGGCACCCAGCAGUUAUGAGUAUGGGCCAAGAUAACAUUUGAAACAAGAGAAAGAUCCCAUUGAGAGACUAUUUAAAGCUAUUAAACAAUGGAUGUUUUAUGCAUGAUUUUAAUUAUUCAGUAGUGUAUGCUUUGGAUAUUACAUUACUGCUGAAACGAAAGUUGCCCUCUUUCUAAACUCAUCAGGGCACCUCUCCAGCUUCCAUUGUGAUCUGUGAAUAAAAUCUUCAUGCAACCAACAUGCAAGCUGGAUCUACCACUUAAUCUGGCUGGGGCUGUUCAGAUACUACGUUAGUAGAAAAGACAGGCUUUGCCAACAAGGGCACUUGAGUUCAACAUGUCAUUUGUUUGUUGAAAUACUGUACUGGGAAAAGAACAUAGACACUUGAGAGGAAUGAUGGAAUGGACUUUUGAUCAUGCUUCUAUUACUACUUUAUUUUUGUAAAAACCAAAGCUAUGUGUCUUCUUCUGAGCCUAAAGGAGAGGAUGCACAAUUGCCCAUCCCCACAAGUGCACUGUUAACCAUGAUUGAAAUAAUAUAUCCCAUCCACGGGGCAUUGACUUCUCCACGGCCAGAUGCACUAUCAUGCAAAAAAAAAAAAAAAAAUUUAAAAAAAAAAAGGAAAAAAAAAAAAAAGAAGCCAUAUGCUUUUGUUGUUUUGCUGUUAUUUUAUUUUUCAUUUUAUGAAAAUAAAUGUUGAUUUGACUCCGUGGCAGAGGAAUCUGCUGUGUUAAAACCAGUAGUGAUUGUUCUUUCUCUUCACGCUCUUUAGGACUGACAUGCCAGCCCUACGCUUCAUGAAAACAUAUUCUGAAAACUCAGUACAAUAUAAAAAUUUAAAAUGAGUUCCUCCACCAAACUUUAUCAAGUCAAUAAAUCUGGUGUGCAGAGUGCUCAAGCCAGUCACAUACGGCAUUGUGUUAUUUUCUAGUAGAGAACUAAAUCUACAAUGUUUUUUUCAAAGUCAUUAACUAAAUCCACCUACUCAGUACAUAGUAAUGCAAUGACUCACCAGGAAAUGUGUGUUCUGUGACUCCAAAUAUUAUACAUUUGCAGUGUAUUUUGGAAAUAAUGUCUUUAAAUGUCGCCUUAAAUGCCGUUUUAUCAAGUUCACACUAUUGUCUCUAUAUAUCCUGUAGUUACAGAGCGGUAGAGGGUCUGUUAUUUGGUAUGUGCCAAAGCUUGUGGUUCAUCCACUGGCGUACUGUUUGGAUGGAUCUUCAGGGCUUAACAAGCUCAAUGUGUUUUUUAUUUUAUUUAUUUCCCUAAAACAGAAUUAAAAGUUUUUUGCUAUUUAUUUCCCCUAGAUGUCAUUUGCGUCUUAACAUACUUUGGCUCUACAUAAAAUAUGAUUUCAAGCAAAGACAGGAGAAUUUCAGCAAUCUGUG